CGGCGGCAGCUGCGGCGUUGGAGAUGCGGAACGGCCGGAGGAGGAGGGAAAAGGAGAAUCUCUGAGUCGCGGAGAGGCAGCCCGGCGGCUGCUGUGAGGAGUCCUGGUGCGGGGACGCCGGUGGCCCGGUUGCUCAGGGCCAGGCCCUGCACUAGGGAGGGGAGGCCAGAGCAGCUCCAGGAGCCGGAGGCCGGAGCCAAGGAGGAAUGUGACCAGGGGUCCGCGGGGGCGCGGGAGUACGCGAGCGCAGGGAUGGGGCAGCAGGUGGGCCGCGUCGGGGAGGCGCCGGGGCUCCAGCAGUCGCAGCCCCGCGGGAUUCGGGGCAGCAGUGCAGCCAGGCCCUCCGGCCGCAGGCGGGACCCGGCGGGGCGCACCGCGGAGGCCGGCUUCAAUAUCUUCACCCAGCAUGAUCACUUUGCCAGCUGUGUGGAGGAUGGAUUUGAGGGAGACAAGACUGGAGGCAGUAGUCCAGACUGCUUCCUCAUGCUUAGGAUGGAAAAUGAAGCCUUGCACCGCCCCUAUGGUUGUGAUGUUGAAUCCCAGGCUCUAAACGAAGCCAUCAGGUGGAGCUCCAAGGAGAACUUGCUCGGAGCCACCGAGAGUGACCCUAAUCUCUUUGUUGCACUUUAUGAUUUUGUAGCAAGUGGCGAUAACACACUCAGCAUUACUAAAGGUGAAAAGCUACGAGUCCUUGGUUACAACCAGAAUGGUGAGUGGAGUGAAGUUCGCUCUAAGAAUGGACAGGGUUGGGUGCCAAGCAACUACAUCACCCCAGUGAAUAGCCUGGAAAAACAUUCCUGGUACCACGGACCUGUGUCCCGCAGUGCAGCGGAGUAUCUACUGAGCAGUCUAAUCAAUGGCAGUUUCCUGGUGCGAGAAAGUGAGAGCAGCCCUGGGCAGCUCUCUAUCUCGCUCAGGUAUGAGGGGCGUGUGUAUCACUACAGGAUCAAUACCACCACAGACGGCAAGGUUUAUGUGACUGCUGAAAGCCGCUUUAGCACCUUGGCAGAGCUUGUUCACCAUCACUCCACAGUGGCUGAUGGGCUGGUGACAACAUUACACUACCCAGCACCCAAGUGUAAUAAGCCUACGGUGUAUGGUGUGUCCCCCAUCCAUGACAAAUGGGAAAUGGAACGAACAGAUAUUACCAUGAAGCACAAACUUGGGGGUGGUCAGUAUGGAGAAGUUUACGUUGGCAUCUGGAAGAAAUACAGCCUUACGGUUGCUGUGAAAACACUGAAGGAAGAUACCAUGGAGGUGGAGGAGUUCCUGAAAGAAGCUGCAGUAAUGAAGGAAAUCAAGCAUCCUAAUCUGGUACAACUGUUAGGUGUGUGUACUUUGGAGCCACCAUUUUACAUUGUGACUGAGUACAUGCCAUAUGGGAACUUGCUUGAUUAUCUCCGAGAAUGCAAUCGAGAAGAGGUGACUGCAGUUGUACUGCUCUACAUGGCCACUCAGAUCUCUUCUGCAAUGGAAUACUUAGAAAAGAAGAAUUUUAUCCAUAGAGAUCUUGCAGCUCGUAACUGCUUAGUGGGAGAAAACCAUGUGGUAAAAGUGGCCGACUUCGGCUUAAGUAGAUUGAUGACUGGAGAUACCUAUACUGCUCAUGCUGGAGCCAAAUUUCCUAUUAAGUGGACAGCACCGGAGAGUCUUGCCUACAAUACCUUCUCAAUCAAAUCUGAUGUCUGGGCUUUUGGGGUGCUGCUGUGGGAAAUUGCUACAUACGGAAUGUCACCAUAUCCAGGUAUUGACCUGUCUCAGGUCUAUGAUCUACUGGAAAAAGGAUAUCGAAUGGAACAACCUGAAGGAUGCCCCCCUAAGGUUUAUGAACUUAUGAGAGCAUGCUGGAAAUGGAGCCCUGCUGAUAGGCCUUCUUUUGCUGAGACUCAUCAAGCUUUUGAAACCAUGUUUCAUGACUCUAGCAUUUCUGAAGAGGUAGCUGAGGAGCUUGGGAGAGCUGCCUCCUCCUCAUCUGUUGUUCCAUACCUGCCCCGAUUACCUAUACUUCCUUCCAAGACUCGGACACUGAAGAAACAGGUAGAGAACAAGGAGAACAUCGAAGGGGCACAAGAUGCCAUAGAGAAUUCUGCCUCCAGCUCAGCACCAGGGUUCAUUAGAAGUGCACAGGCCCCCAGUGGGUCCCCAGCACUGCCUCGAAAGCAAAGAGACAAGUCACCCAGCAGCCUCUUGGAAGAUGCCAAAGAGACAUGCUUCACCAGGGAUAGGAAAGGAGGCUUCUUCAGCUCCUUCAUGAAAAAGAGAAAUGCUCCCACACCCCCCAAACGCAGCAGCUCCUUCCGAGAAAUGGAGAAUCAGCCCCACAAGAAAUAUGAGCUCACGGGGCUUCCAGAGCAGGAUAGGAUGGCAAUGACUCUUCCCAGGAACUGCCAGAGGUCCAAACUCCAGCUGGAAAGGACAGUGUCCACCUCUUCUCAGCCAGAAGAGAAUGUGGGCAGGGCCAAUGACAUGCUUCCCAAAAAGUCAGAGGAAGGUGCUGCUCUAACCAGGGAGAGACCAAAAGCCAAACUUCUGCCCAGAGGAGCCACAGCUCUUCCUCUCAGAACCCCCUCAGGGGAUUCAGCCAUCACAGAGAAGGACUCUCCAGGGCUGGGGGUGGCCGGAGUGGCAGUUGCACCCAAGAGCAAGGAGAGGAACGGUGGGGCACGACUUGGGAUGACUGGAGUUCCAGAGGAUGGAGAGCAGCCAGGGUGGUCUUCUCCAGCCAAGGUGGCAACAGUCCUCCCAACCACUCACAACCACAAAGUGCCAGUCCUUAUCUCACCCACUCUGAAACACACUCCAGCUGACGUGCAGCUCAUUGGCACAGACUCUCAGGGGAACAAGUUCAAGCUCUUAUCUGAGCAUCAGGUCACCUCCUCUGGAGACAAGGACCGACCCCGACGGGUAAAACCAAAGUGUGCCCCGCCCCCACCACCAGUCAUGAGACUACUGCAGCAUCCGUCCAUAUGCUCAGACCCUCUGGAAGAGCCGACUGCCCCUUCUGCCGGACAGCCCACGACAGAAACCCAGGAAGGUGGGAAAAAGGCAGCAGCAGGGGCAGUGCCCAUCAGUGGCAAAGCUGGGAGGCCACUGAUGCCUCCACCUCAAGUGCCUCUGCCCACAUCUUCCAUCUCGCCAGCCAAAAUGGCCAACGGCACAGCAGGUACUAAAGUGGCUCUGAGAAAAACCAAACAGGUGGCUGAGAAAAUCUCAGCAGACAAAAUCAGCAAAGAGGCCCUGCUGGAAUGUGCUGACCUACUGUCCAGUGCAAUCACGGAACCUGUGCCCAAUAGCCAGCUGGUGGACACUGGCCACCAGCUGCUUGACUACUGCUCAGGCUAUGUGGACUGCAUCCCUCAAACUCGAAACAAAUUUGCCUUCCGAGAGGCCGUGAGCAAACUGGAACUCAGCUUACAGGAGCUGCAGGUGUCUUCAGCAGCUGCUGGUGUCCCCGGGGCAAACCCUGUCCUUAAUAACUUAUUGUCAUGUGUACAGGAAAUCAGUGAUGUGGUGCAGAGGUAGCCACUGUUAACCUAGCGGGGAGAUGCACACAUUUCUGAGGGAGAGGGAAACGGGACUUGUUUUCCUAUGUUCUUGUUUUCAAAAAAUGAAAGACUGAUACUUGAGUGUGUUUAUGUGAAGUACCUCAGAUCCCUGAGUUCUCACGUUUACAGGUUCAUCUCAAAUUUUUAACAAGAAGCAAACCACAUAAGUACAGGAAAGGAAAAUUCGGUGGAGGCAGGGCAGUAGUUGCCAGGGUUGCAAGCUGCACUGCAAAAUCAGGGAACACGUGUAUGUCAUGCCAUAAAGAAAGAAAUCCAGCCCAUUGCUACCUGGAAUGAUGUGAGUUGGCUAGACAGGCUGAGCUCAGCAAGGCUGCGGCACCAAUUCUGCUUCACACAAAAGGGAGUUAGACCUAGGGCUCCAGUAGGUACUAAUGGUGAUUAAGCACCAACUCACCUAGUGAACUUAUUAGGUCAGAAGAAAGGAAUGCUGGUAAUGUACCAUGAGAAGUUUUGUUCAAGUCUGUUGGAAGCAGCUGUUGGCCUUGCUCCCACAAGGUCAUUGCUGCUGUAGUAAGGACUGCAAAUCAAAUUGUUAAAAUACACAACUGGGAAACGUUAGUGCAGGAAGUAAAGAAUGCUGGAAGGUUUGGUCUGGGAGAUUUAAAAUCUCCCCCUAAAAUCCUAGAUUGAUCAGCAGAAGUCACUUCUUCUAGUCUAUUAUAUUAUUUCCUAAUGGACCAGGGUUGGCUUUCUGCUUGUGGGUGCUCAUUUGAAAACCAUAGGCACAGGGGUCUCGGCUCUUCUUAAUGCUUCUUCUUUACCCCCUGCUGGGCAGGCUGUCUUCCUUUACUCCUGGCAGCAUUCGGGGCAUUAACCAAGGUUAACUUUGAAGUUGUGAUCACAUACAGGUUCUUGCAGAGGCAUGAUUUUCUGAAACAGUGCUCCUGCAUACUGACAUACUGGCCAAGGACUUGAGCAGCUGUAUACUUAUCAACUAAAAUACCAGGGAGGGAGCCUCUUGUUGAAACCCAAAUGGCCAGGCUCAGAGGGCCGGGACUGAGAGAAGAAGCUGGCUUGGCCCUAACGGCUAUUUCUCUUUACCUUUCCCCUCUCUUAUCACUUUAGAGCCAGUCUAGGUAGAGCACAGGGGGAGGCAUUUUCUCUCUUCCUUUCUCUGGAUUUCAAACGAAAUUACCCCAAAUUAUUCUCACAUGCUUUUCUCACAGUUCUCUUCCCCAUCAUUGUGCUUGUUUGUAAAGAUCAUAUUGGGAAUAUUCUUUGUUAUUUAUUCUGUAAUUCACCUCUAUUUUAAGAGUGCAUAACAGAAGGAGCAGCAUUUCCAGAAAGCACCAACUAAACCCUGGAAUCCUAAUGACUUAGCCCUCAAAUUAUGUUUUGCCCUUGGAAAAUAGAGCUUUUCUAUCCCUUCUCAUUUCUAAUUACAGAGCUAAUUAGGAUCACAUGGAACCAAGUCUAAUGGGUUAGAUAUUAAUAUUCCUAGUAUCAGGCUGAAUUCUAACUAUUUCAUUCUCUUAAAGCUUUAUGAGACCCUUCCCCCCCCAAAGAGAACUCAAUAUAUAAUAUCUUAAUUUUUUCCUCCCAGAGGAAUAUUAGCUUAGGAAGAUAGGAAUUCAACAUUGAUGAACAGUGAGCGUUCUUCCUGGCUCUGUCAUUGAUCCACUGUGAAGCCACAGCCCCAUCUCUUAAUCUCUUAAAUGAAGGUAAUGAUACAUGUUCUCAAGGGUGUUUUGCAAGUAAGUAUAUAACUAUCCCUAUGAGAGCCUCUCUGGAAAGCUCUUUAGUGCAGUCUUGUUAUGUUGAAUGGUUUUUCAUUCUCUUCUUUGCUCAGUAGCAGGUAUUAGUGAAAUUUAGAACUGCUGAGAUUAUAUUAAUUAGGCUAGAAUGCCCUAUGGAGCAGUUCUACUCUGCACAUGAGGUCACCAUGAGUCAGAAUCGACUCAAUAGCAACUAACAACAACAACUAAGGGGAAACUGUGUUUUGGAUAGAGUUUGGUGCCUUUGACCAACGAGGAAAUUUAGUUUUCAUUAGAAGGUAACCUUGAUUUUUAUCAUUGCUGCUUUAAAGGAGGUCCAGGGUAAGAGAAGGAUAAGAAGGGAGGAGACAGUACAGGGCAUUUCUUGCAGGUGUUGGGUGAUCCCUGUCAAUAUGUUACCUACAGACACAGCACAGGCAACUAGUGGUCAGGUUAAUCCCCUUUUAGUGGUUGGAAUGAAGAUAGAGUUCCCCUUAACUUAGACUUAAAAACCACCAAUUCUCCUCCCGGCUUGUUCCCUGCCAUUCCCCCUCAUCAUACACUUUGAUAAACUUGUAACAGUUUUAGUAAUUAGCCUUUUAAGGAUGGGGAGGGGAAAGCUAAAACUUUAGAAUAUUAAUGUGCUGCUUUUUACGUUUAUCCCUAUCAUUGUGGGAUGCAAGUUGAGGGAUUAUAAUUGUUUUUCAGGGUUUUUUUUUUUUUUUUUUUUUUUAAGCAAGGAAUCUGUUUUUCCUUGAGAGCUCUGAAAAUAAGCUGUGGAGAAACACUACUGAGUGUAUUUAAGCUCCCUGAUUUUCUCACCGAAGAACAAUCUUAAGGAGUGGGGGCUGUGUCUUACUCAGGGGCAGCACCUAGCUCUGUCUUUCCUACAGUGGGUGCUCAAUAAAGCAAAGAAUUCAAUUCAUUUUUCUCAACACAGUCAAGAGUAGCAUUGACUAUUGUAGCACACCCCAUCCUGCAUGAUGCUUGAACUGUGCAACUUCAGGGGUUUGAGGGCUCAGGGUUCAGGUUAAAGAGGCACUGUCAACUUAUUAUAAAAGAUAAUUUGGGUUUUUCCUUUUUCUGCUUGAAAAGGACCAAUUAAAAAGACCUUAUUAAAUUAAAAGGUUUUGAAUUCAAAGCAGAAAAAACUGCUUCUAGAAACUGAAAGUAUAGUUUAAUUCUAUCUAGCCUAAAAGCAAAGCAGAUAGCAGGAGAAGAAAAAAAAAGAAACGCUUAUAACAAAGUACACCUACUCCUCACUUAUCAACUAUCUUGUCGUCUGACAUUUCACAUUUAUGACAAUAGUAAAAAAUCUAUGUGACUGUUUUGCGCAUUAAUGACGUACGUCUGGCAGUAAAGAAUGCCAAGGUGCGAGGCAAGAGUAAUGCUGCCUGUGAUGGUUAAGGUUGUGUGUCAACUUGGCUUGGCCACAAUUCUCAGUGGUUUGGCGGUUAUGUAC